CAGCUGGGGACAUAACCUACAAACGAAAAAAGUUUUCAUGAGUAUUUAAUUGAAAGUUAUGUUAAACAAAUACUAAUUAAUUGAAAUCAAUAUGAAAGCAAGAUACCUUACAUUUUUUUCAUAUAUUGGCACAACUUUCAGUGUGUCCAUCCAUCAUUACUAAAUGCAGGUCGUCGGAGAAAAUAUGGCUUAAAGAAGGGAAGCACUAUCCUGAUCCUCAGAGUGUACAAGGGCUUAUGGAACUAGGCUUACAGAGAUUGAAAUCACUUAACUACCCCAGUGUUACUCUGUCCAGCCGCACAGAUGGUGGCGUGCAUGCCUUAAAUUCCAGCGCACACUUUGACUUGGAGAGAUUUGGCUCUAAUAUAUAUGAACCCACUGGCAUAACUUACAAUUUAAAUAAGUUUUUCUAUAAAAAUGAUAUUAGUAUUAUAGUGAAGAAAUGUUUGAGAGUUCCUGAUAACUUUAAUGCUAGGUAUAAUGCAAUAAGGAGGACAUAUCUGUACAGGUUGGCAGUAUUGAAAGAUGAUGUACAACUACCAGAGAAUGUUGGCAUGGCCUCAUGCAUACCUAUAGAGGAGUGGAGGAGAUGCUAUUUUGUUAGGUUACAAAACUUCAACAUCGACUUGAUGAGAGAAGCCACAAAGUAUCUAGUAGGAUACCACGACUUUACCACUUUCAAGAGAUUCGGUAAAUUAAAACAAUAUAAGCACAAUCGGAGAGAGAUAUACAGCAUAGAUGUGAAGCCUGGGCAACCGCUGGUCAGUAGCUGCAGCAACCCUCCAUUUACCUAUUGGGAUGUCGAGAUCCAAGGACGGGCAUUUGUGCAUAAUCAGAUUCGUCGUAUGAUGGGCACACUGAUUAGUGUUGCAACAGAAAAGCUACCUCCAGAAGAGAUAAAAGUGAUGCUUCAAGUUCCAUCGAAGCAUUCCUGGCAUAAUUUUAUACAGAAUUGUCCCCCGGAUGGGUUGUAUUUAGCCAAUGUUGAAUAUAAUCCAGAAGAUUUGGUUUAUGAUGAAAACAUAAGAAUACACGAACCCACACAAGACAGAAAGUGUGAUAAUGACAGUGAAUCAGUGAAUCAAACAGUGUGAAGUGUAGACAAUAUAGAGUUAU